UCAAUAUUUACUCAAAUUCACUGAAAAUGGAUGACUAUGAAAAGUCAAUGAUCACUAAUGAACUUGCUAUUUGUUACAGGAUUUUUUUAUUUAUUAAUUUAGUUUCCAUAUCAAAAGGUGAGAAGAAUCAUUGUGUACAAACACUAAAAGGAAAAACUAUGUUGCCACAAAAAUCAAAGGUGUAAAAAUUGGGUAUACCUCAAUGUAAAAAUAAAUUGGGUAUACAGAUUAUAAACCAUAUCAUAUUAUUAGCAACAACAAAAAAAAGUAGUCUUUCCAAAAAAAAAGCGUCUAAAUUUUUAUUGACAUCAAAUACAGUUUAAUAAUCUGUAUUUUAUUUCUAUUCUAGGAAUUAAUUUUUGUUGGACAAAAAAAACAAUAAAAUGAUUAAUCUUAGUUGGACAAAAAUAAAGGAAAAAGAAAACUAAAACGAAGUGGUUAUUAUACAUGGUAACGGCAAAUAGCGGGAACCAACGUUUAGUACGGGCUCAAGUGACGUGGCAAAUACGGGUCCCACAAUAUGUGGAUUCACAUCACCUGCCUUCUUCUUCCUCCUUCACCCUAAUAUAUACUAGCCGUUACGCUCCCUCUCUCUCCAUCUCUCUCUGUGACUCCUCACUUCCCUAUCUACUCUCUCUCUCCAACAUGAGCUCGAUCGAAAACGCUUCGAAGAAGCCAUCUAUGGCCUCUGAAUCUUCGAACCCAGAAACACUUUUCUCUACCAAGACCCCCGACAAGACGGCGACUCUCUCAACCAGACCUCGUGACUGCGACAAACCCGUCAAGAGGCAGAUCUUGACUUCGCCUAGAAAACCUGAAACAACCGUGAAAUUACCCGAAAGGUUUGAGAUUCUGGAUGAAUGCUUUAAUGGGUUGGUCACUGCGAUUAGGUUGCUCAAGCUAAAGGGCUCUUUGACUUCGUUUGCUAAUAUAUGUCCCAAGAUUGAGUAUCUUACUAAUCGGAUCUUCUCGUAUGAUCAUUUGGCUCAGAUGAAGCAUAUUUAUCCAGAAGCCAUUGAAGUGAAGAGAGUUUUGAAGUGUGAUGAAGUCACUAGUUGUAUGAAACCUACUCUUCACAUUAACUUAAACACCGAUGCAAUAGAACUUGAAGAUACAAGUUGCGGAACUAAAUACAUGCAACUUAGGAACGUGUUCUACUCAAAACUUGUAGAUUUUUACAAAGCUCAUCCUAAGGAUGAGAUUCCGAAAGAACUACUUCCUGAACCGUUCAAUUUCUCCAAAAAGGAUUCAGACACAAUAAGUGCAGUAGACGUGGGUGCAUCUAAACUUGAAAAUGAUGGGUUUGAUGUUCAAAUGGAUGAGAUGGAGCAGGAAGAAGAUAAAGUUAACAAAGUGUUUCCAGAUUCUACUUUAUCAGAUGGUACUGAGGAAUGUUUGUUACCAAACACAGAGUCAACCCCAGCCCAAGUUUUGUCCACCCCCUCCAAGGAUCUGUCAACACCAAUCAAGCUCAUGAGUGCUACACCGACGUUGCAGCCAUCUAGACGGUGUAUUACAAUGACUCCAGAUGAUGAUAAUGAAUCGGUUAGAUCAACAAAUGAUCUGGAAAGGCGCCCUUCUCGCACUAGGUGUCUGAAUUUCGAUACUCUAGAGGAAGAAGAUGGAACAGUUAGUGAUGAAUCUAAUGAUGAAGCAAACGAUGAUGAAGCUAGUGAUGCUUCCUCCGAUGAAGAUAGUGAUGCUUCCUACGAUGAAAUUAGUCUUCUGCACUCAAUGAUAGAGGAACCAAAGGCUGAAACCAUGAAGCAAAACUUGCCUAAGCUUGUUAAUGUGAUUCAUAAAUUGUUCCACUCAACAAACCGAACGGUCAUCACCAAGGAAGAGCUUCUUCACAAGAUGAUUGCAUGCCAAAUCGAUAUAAUGGAUAGAAAGGAGGUGGAGGAACAGCUAAGGUUGAUGUUGCAAUUGGUUCCGGAUUGGAUCUCUGAAACAAAGGCAUCUUUUGGAGAUGUUCUUGUUAGGUGAGAGUUAUCACCAUUGUGUUCAAUCUAUUGGUUUCGUAUUACUGGAAAGAGUUUCUUUGCUUCUUCAGGGCUUUUAACAUUGUGUUCAAUCUUUUGGGUUUUUGCAGCAUUAAUAAAAUGUCCACUCCAGAAACGGUACGUGCAAGACUUGAGGAAGCAACUUCACAGGACAGUUCCACCGUCUCCUGAUAAAUAAAUGAUGAGUUUCAAUUUUCAUUAAUCUUUACACAUCUUUCCUUUGCGAUCAUCUUCAUGAUCUUAUGAAACGUAUUACAAUGUUGUUAAUUUAUUAUCAAACAUAAUAAUUAUCUAAUGAUUGUGGCUGGUUAAGUUGUCUAAGUAAAGUAGCUAAAAGCUGAUAUUAUAGUUA